AUGAGCUCACCUCCGCCAGACGAUGUGCGUGAGCACGUUAACCACCCGGAGACUGUCCGUGCUCGUUUGCAUAAUGUCACUAUCCCCGUGGCCAAGAUGUCACUCGAGACUGCGAAGUCGCUCAUUGGCAACGUUCAAGCCGGCAAAGUGGUCCCCAAGGAGAUCAACAUCACCGCUAUGAAAAUCGUCUCCUCGGGAAAACAGGUCGUUGACGUUGUGCGGGACAUCUCUGUCGUGUAUCAAGUCGGGCAGGACUCGAUCACGUACUACUCGUCAUUCAUAAAACUAGAGUCGGACAGGCGAGACGACUCCAACCAGCAGAUCGCCGUCGUGACCUAUGCGAUGUCGAAUGUGAUGUUCGAGCUGCACCACCUCGUCCCGUAUGACUUCCUCCGCGACGAUCUGAGGGAUCACCUUGAGUAUCUCCUGAAGCGGAUGGAAGAUUCGAUGAAGGAGUUCGGUGCUUACUCGCAGAUGUGCUACAAGCACAAGAGCAUGCUCGCGGUGAUGCGCGCCAACCAGCUCAAAGGCCGCCUGCAACAGUUCUGGGACGAGUUCAUGGAGCACCGGCAGGGGUUCACGCAGUUCUUCGGCAUCCAGAUGACCGCGCCGGCCGUCGACUUCCGCAAGAUCGUCGACCAGGUCGGGCAGUCGACCCCGAGGGAGAAGAAGGCGGCCGAGUACAUCAAGAAGAACGGCGGGCCUGAUCGUGUUAUGAACGAUCCCAAGUUGUUGGAUCAAGUCGCGAAGAUAUUGGGCGAGAAGAUCAACGGCCAGCUCCGGAACGCCCUCCAUCAGGACUUGAGCGAGCUUCUUGAAGAUAACAAACGGGCAUUCGAGUUCAAGAUCGAUGGCGCCACGCAGCAAAUCAGAGAUGCGUUGCAGCUCUCUCAGGACGCUAUCUUGAGAAGGCUCGACGAUGGCCCUCACGAGCUCAUCAAAGACGAGGACAUCAAGAAAAUCUGGAAAGAUAACGUGAGUGAACAAUGGCGCUCGAACGUCAAGAGUAGAAUAUUCAUGGACGCCAUCCACGACUUCUACGAGCCUCGCGUUCGACAGCAGAUGCAGGAGGCAGGGACGAAUCAUCCUGACGAGUGGACGCUGCCGUUCUUGAACAAAGUCAUGUACCGGCCCGCUAUCGCGGAUGCGAUCGACUCCGACGGCAGUGGUUACAUCUCGGUGGAGGAGUGCAACGGCUUCAUCGAGUCGAGACCGCCAGGAUGGAGCGUGCCUCAGUGGCUGGCCUUCUGGGCAAUCGUGUGGCUGAUGAACAACGAUGACUACCGCAUCAAAGUCGACACACUCAUCGCUGAAAUCAAAGAUCUCGCCUCCAAGACCAAACGCGCGAACAAGAAGGCCGUCGAGGACUACGUCUCGUGGAUGGAUCCGAUUGACCCGAUCGUGCUGCAGUCGCUUGACUGGGGCGUGUCGGAGAACACGCCGAUUGGGCUCAACACGGAGGACCUGUACCGCGUGCAGGAGAAGUACACGAAGUACGAGGAAAACAAGCUAACCGAGAAGCUGAAGGCCGUGGACUAUUACAUCGAGGACGCAGCGACGGUGGCCAUGAUCACAGGACAAGAUCGGAUCGAGCUUACGAUUAUGCCCCUCCUCUAUCUCAUCCUGCAAGCCCAGCGCACGGUCAUCGAAAAGUCGACGAAGCAGGAGAUGGACCAGUCCGAGUUCGAGCGCCUGUCGGACACGCUCAACGAGGUUCUGCUGCGGUUCGACUGCCGGCUGGACGACCUCGAGCGCGGGUGGAAGCAGCAGCGGAUGGACGUCGACGUCCAGGUCGCGUGCUUCGCCGGGGGCAUAUUCAGCGGGUGGUAUGUCAAGCGCCAAAACCCGCCCAAAGAUCUCGUGGGGCUGCUCAACUUCUGGAACGGCACUAACUGGGAGGUGGACGAUGACGACGGUAGCGACGACACGGCGGUCGCCGUGACGCUCGAUUCGCUCAAUGAUCGCGUGAGCAGCGUCGAGACGAGGCUGAGCAACAUCGAGACACUCUUGCAGGCGAUGGCGGAGAAGUUCGGGAUCGACCCGAGCGUGCUUCAGCAUGAUGGGCCGCAGAAAGAUGCCGAAAAGAGUGAGAAUGGGGACGAGGAGGAGCAACAUGAUGAUGAUGAACAGCAGAACGAGGAACAGCAGAACGAGGAACAGAACGAGGAGGAAGAGGAGCCAGAACAACAGGACGAAGAGGAACAGCCAGAAGAAGAGGAGCAACCAGAGGAGGAUGACGACUAUUGA